ACGACACUUCUUCAAAACAAAAACCACGAUUGUAUAAAUACCACAACCGAAAUCAAACAGCUGAUGGUUGAGUGUGGUAUUCCGGAGCUAUAAAGAAAGGAAUUUCUCAACUUAUUAGUGUACUCUGUGGCAAAAGUUGUGUUAGAAUUAGUAACUAACAAUGGCACUAUCGACGCGUUCGGAUGAAUGUUACCACAUCACAACACUGGAGGCUAAAGAUAUCCGCUGGCCAACUUCGUUGGGAGCUCACGGGUCAGAUGCGAUGCACACCGAUCCGGAUUAUUCCUGUGUUUACGUUACAAUCAACACCGAGGAAGGAAUCUAUGGGAAUGGUCUCACUUUCACGUUAGGUCGUGGAACGGAUAUAGUUUUGCUGGCGGUAAAUUCCAUGAAACGCAUGGUUGAGCAGCGCACCACUGAAAGUAUCUUCCAAAACUUUGCUCUGUUCUGGCGCGAACUUACCAGCGAAUCGCAGCUGAGAUGGAUUGGUCCAGAAAAAGGAGUAACCCAUCUCGCAGUCGCUGCCAUCAUUAAUGCUCUUUGGGACUUGUGGGGGAAAAUUCGCGGCCUACCAGUGUGGAAAUUGCUCACUGAGAUGGAACCGGAGGAAUUGGUAUCCACCAUAGACUUUCGCUACAUAACGGAUGCAAUCACACGAGAGGAAGCGAUCAACAUACUUAAGGAAAAUAGGGCGGGCACUCGAACUAGAAUGAAUGAACUCAUGAAGACAGGGUAUCCAGCAUACACAACGCAGGUUGGGUGGCUAGGUUACAGUGAUGAUACGAUUCGUGCCUUAUGUCGCAAGUACCUUCAGGCGGGAUUUACCGCAUUCAAGAUAAAAGUUGGCCAAAAUUUGGAGAACGAUAUCAAACGUUGCCGGCUGGUACGGGAAGAAAUAGGAUGGAAUAAUACAUUGAUGGUAGAUGCGAAUCAAAUUUGGGAUGUCAAUGAGGCUAUCGAAUGGAUGAAAAAUUUGAAACAUUUUAAGCUACUGUGGAUUGAAGAACCAACAUCGCCCGAUGAUAUCCUCGGACAUAAGAAAAUAGCCGAUGCUUUGAAACCAUACAGUAUUGGAGUUGCAACAGGAGAGAUGUGCUGCAAUCGGGUUAUGUUCAAACAAUUCAUCCAAUCUCAAGCAUUCGAAUUUUGCCAGAUUGACUCCGCCCGUAUUGGAGGAGUGAACGAAAUCCUUGCGGUUUAUUUGAUGGCAAAGAAGUUCAAUGUCAAAGUUUGUCCGCACGCCGGUGGCGUUGGACUCUGUGAGAUGGUCCAACAUUUGCAAUUAUGGGAUUACACAUCCGUUUCCUGUACGAUGGAUAAAAGGAUGAUCGAAUUUGUUGAUCAACAGCAUGAACAAUUUGUUCAUCCAGCCAGAAUAUAUGCUAAUGCGUGCUAUAUUCCGCCCUCCGCACCGGGGUAUUCCACCGAAUUGAAACCCGAGGCUGUAUCAAUGUUUGAAUACCCCGUUGGUUCGGAAUGGCAGCGUAUGUUUGCAGAAGGAAUUUUUUAGCAGAACUGAAGUCGGGUUGGAAGCAAUUCAAAGAAUGGAAUAUGAAUACCGUAAUAAUUACACUCAUUUCAGCUAAUUUCUAAUCUCUAUCGAGCUUAUAGACUCAACUUAUUGGAAAUAUAUGUUUUUUUGACGUAGGACUACGUUUAACCUUUCAAUAUAAGGGCCCAUUUCAAUAUUUCGAUGUGGAAAAGUGUUUGAACGCUAAUACCUCCUCAAUUAAUGAAGGGAUUUUGGUUCCAAAUACACACAUUGAUAGGAAAUAUCCUCAGCAAUUGUUUAUAUGCUACACAUUAUGGUUUUCCAGCUCAUAUACAGUUCAAAUUGAUGAAAAAUUGGAAGAAAGAAUUCCCUACUUUCCCAUACAUUUUGUCUGCGCUCCCGCAGCAAACAGCUAUUCAUUUCAAGCAACCACGGGAACGGGCGAAACGUAUGGACAAGGUGAAGG